UUGUGCAUCAACACCAUGGCGAAGGCGACGUCAAGAACGUGAAUAAGUUUCUGUUUUCUAUACGAAAGUGUUGUUUUUUGUCAGUUUAUAAGUUGAAAGACUUACAAUAAAGCUGUUCUCGGUGUCGUUUUGUUAUUAAGUGCUUGAACUAUUAUUUCAAAAUUAAAAGUUUUGUGUGUGAAGUUGUAACGAACUCUCGGAAUACUUCGGAAUUCAGGUGUCAACGAGGAUGUUAACCUCCUCUUUUCCGGCACCAUUCAGCUAGGUUUUGAGAAAACGCAAGCAAGAGCAGCUCCAAAACACGAAACAAUGCAGCGGCAUUAAGCUGCUACACAGGUAGUGUCUCGCCAUGCAGCGUGCGGGUGGGAGAAGGGCCUGUGCGCCAUGAGCCACACUCCUGUAGGCGGCCACCCGCAAGGUUGGGAGCACAAGCUUGCUGACAGGUCGUCGUUACCGCAGGCUUCGGGUGAGGAGAAAAGCAAAUCUCAGUCCAAACAUGUGUUCGCACAACCGCAUUUCUCCAAGGUCAGCAUGGCGUGGCGCGAGCAGACGGAGGGAUCGUCGGGCAGCUCGGCGCGGUCGCCCGCCUCGCCGCCCUACAUGCGCUGGGCGCGCAGUCUGCACGAGUUGCUCGAGGACGCGGAGGGGGUGCGCCUGUUCCGCAAGUUCGUGGGGGGCGCGGGGGGAUUGCACGUCGACCGACUCAACUUCUACUUCGCGGUCCAGGGGCUGCGGCAGGAGGCCGACGCCGCCAAGAUACGGCAGGUCGUCUCCGCUAUAUACAAAUUUCUCCGCAAGUCUCAGCUAGCGAUGCCCGAAGAGCUGAAGCAGCAGGUGAAGCAGAGCCUCAAGGACGGCUCCAGCAUCGAGAAGAACAUCUUCGAUAACAUGGAACAAGAGGUGACGCGCGCCAUAACUGAGACGACGUAUCAGGCGUUCCUGCGCUCGGACGCGUACGUGUCGUACGUGAGCGCCGCCACGCAGCCGCUCUCCUCCCCCGACGCCUCGCCCCCGCCACCCGCUAAAGACCUGUCGGCGGGCGGGCUGGCCACGCUGCACGAGGGGCAGGAGCUGGCGGGCGCGCCGGCGCGGCUCACGCACGACGCGCUGCUGGCCACGCAGUCGCGCCGCCUGCGCUCCGACGCCGCGCCACACCGCAAGCGCUCCGUGUACAGCGCGCACGUGGCGUACGCCGGCUACUGUCCCGCCUCGCGCUACGACUCGGAGCGGGCCAGCCUCAGCAGCGGCCGCGCCGACAGCGACGCCGUGUCGCUCUCCGGCAGCAGUCUCGAUGGCGUGUCAGCCCGCGGAGUCCGGGAGUCCAGGGAUACGCGGCAUCGGUCCCGACUCCCCGGCAUGGACCGGCACGCUGUCAUCAACAAGGAGCAAGACACGGCCAUGGUGAUUCCGCGCACGGUGCGCGUGCAGUCGGAGCAGCUGCGCGUGCUGGCGCCGGCCGAGUUCGCGCCGCUGCUCAUCGAGCGGCUCGAGCGCGUCAAGCGCGACCAGGACGCCAAGGAGCGCCUCGAGAGGAGGCUCGCCGAGGGUGACGCUGAAGACGGCUCCAGCCAAGCGCUGCCGCCGCAGCUGGUCGCGGCCGCCAUCCGAGAGAAACUGCAGCUCGACGAUGACAACGAUCAGGAUAUAUUAGACCAGCACGUGUCGCGCGUGUGGUCGGAGCGCACGCCGGGCGCGUCCCCGCCCGGGGGCCGGCGCGCCCGCCAGCGACACGCGCACUCGAGCCACGCCGCGCACUCCGCACACUCGCGCCGCGCCGCCUCCGCGCUCUCCGCCGCGCUCUCCGCCGACUCGGGACACUACGACGCGCCGCCGGACUCCUUCAACCAUCCGCACUCGCUAACGCGCAGAUCGUUCUCGAAGAAGACGGUGACGGAGCUGACGGACAGCGGCGUGUCCGUGGUCAGCGACAACACGACGAGCGCGGGCGGCGUGGAGCCCCGCAUCCUGCUGUGGAUCGCCGAGGGCUCCGAGCGCCUCGAGCGCCGGCACCUGCUCUCCUCCAGGGGCUCCUCCGCCGACCGCAGGGACAAGCAGAGGUCACGGGGCAGCGGCAGCAAGGGCGGCAGCGGGCACAGCGGCGCGGCGGAGCAGACCGUGGUGGUGGUGACGUUCCUGGACGAGCCCGUGCCCUACCGCUUCAAGGUGCCCGCCGCGCCGCUCACACUCAAACUCUUCAAGGACUACCUGCCCAAGAAGGGAAACUUCAGAUACUUCUUCAAGACGAACUGCGCGGACCUGGACACGGUGAUACAGGAGGAGGUGUGCAACGACGCGGACACGCUGCCCAUGUUCGAGGGCAAGGUCAUGGCGCGCGUCAAGAGCGUCGACUAGUGGCGCCAUCUGGUCAAGAGCGUCAGCCAGUAGCGCCAUCUACCCAUUUCAAGCACGCUGAUUCUAACAUGAAAUGAGUCGAUCAACAUCUCCUGAUGUCUUGUGAAAGUUAACUAUAAAACAAAACAAAAAAAAAUUGUAAAAAUUAUUAAUUUCAGUGUUUUAAGUAAUAACGUUGCCGAUUUAACUGACUAAUGACUCAAGCGUUCAAACUUUCCAAUAAUAUUGCAAAAAUAUAAUCCUUGAAUGCGAGUGACACACGAACAUCCAGAAUCUCGCCCUGUUUAUAUUUAAUAAUCGUACGUUUACUGUAUUGACAUUUUGACUGAUUACGUACUCUUCCAUGAUCGUUGGUUUUUAUUAUUAUUAUUUUUUUUAAUUACUAGAAGUAAUAUUCGAAUUAUUUUGAUACGGGGAACACUAAACUAAACAGGGCGACUGAACCGUGCAAAUUUAUUUAUUUAAUUUACUUUAUUAACGCAUACCGCGAGUGCACUGUAUAAAGAAAAAACUGUUCCUCAUUGACAUUUAGAUUAUAAAAAUUAUUUUUAAUUACUUUUUUACGUGAAGCUAGUUGAGUACGCUUACUAUUGUACGGGAGUAAUUAAUGGCAGAAUGACGACAGUACGGGCAAUUGAAUAUGUACCGUGGUCCGGAACGAGGAAGCUUUGUCGCGCAUGAAUUUUUAAUAUUUAUACCUAUUUUUUUUGGGUAAAUUCCACGCGUAAUGUUAGUAAUAAAUCUUAUUUUUUGAUAGUUUCGUGGGAUUGGUAAUCGGAUAUCAAGUGAUGGUUGUUAUAUCAAUGUUAUUCACAGAAUAACGCACAGCUAACUCUGUUCCGUACCACGGUGUCGACCUAGAGUUAUACUGACGACUGCUUAGUUUGUACAUUUUUAAUUAAAUGUUUUUUUUAUAGAUUUAAAAAAAAACGAAAAAGUGUUCUGUUUAAAAAAAAUUAAAUAUAUUAAAAUAUUAUAUAUAAUUUGGUUGGAAUCGAAUAGAUAAUAUGAAGAGUUUUAAUGAAAUUAAAAAAAGAAAACGGAAAACAAAUACAAUUUAAAACUACAAUUCUUUUUUUUAAAACAGUGUUUAUAUAUUAGAUUCGGGAAACAAUGUCUAAUUUAGCAUACUUUCAACACUGGGAUCUCAAUCAAGUUUAAUGAAUUAAUGAAAAUAAUAUUUUAAUUAUUAGAACCGUUUUAUUAUAAAUAAAAAUAAUUUUCCGUGAUGCAGCUGUGAAUAGUACUAGUAGCGAAAUAGUUUUAAGUAAAGAUGUGUUUUUGAUGUUUCAAUCGAUGAACGAGCAGAACAUUCGAACAGUGCUUACUGAAUGGUUCAUUUUUUUUUUAAUGGUGAAUAUAGAGUAAGUUAUAGUACAUUCAAAAUAUUAUUCACUGUUAUUAUUCAACAGAAAGGCUCUAUAGAGUAUUUCAGCACAGUAUUGACUGUUCGAAAGACUGCAUUCAUUCCGAUGUUUUGCACUAAACCAGCGUGUGUUUCAAUUAUAGAUGAUUUUUUUCUAUUUCCUAAAUAAUUUGAUGCUGCCAAAUCCAGACGUCGUAGCGGUAGGCAGCGGCUUGGCUCUGCCCCUGGCAUUGCUGAAGUCCAUGGGCGACGGUAACCACUCACCAUCAGGUUGGCCGUAUGCUCGUCUGCCUACAAGGGCAAUAUAAAAAAAAAAAAAAUGAAUACCACAAAUUUAUUUAGACGAUAGAAAACAUCUACACAUUAAUCCUUUAGACUAGUCUAUUUACACUGUACCUUAUCUGAAGUUGUAUAAAUAGUCUCCACGAGAACAUAGUGUACAAAGUAAAUCCAAUACAGUCCUCAAUACGCACUUUGUGUAAAUAAAAUGUAAGUUAGACUCUCACGUCCGAUCCAUAACAUGGCAACACCGUUAUAGCAUCCAUCAAAUCGUUUUCAUUUUUAGGUUUUGUAAUAAAUAUUAAAUGUACUAUAUAAAAUGUGGGUCACAAAACUUAUUUUGAUGGAUGGCGUAACGGUGUUGCCACAAGUACAUUUUAAAUGAGUACAGUGGAGUGUUGCCAGCGAUGAGUACACCUUACGUCAUGCACACUGGAGUAUCGGUGCGGAAUCAUGUGCCUUCAAUGUUGAUAAAAAUUUUCAUAGUUGAUGCUUCUAAUUAGUCUUAAGUUUAACAUUGUAAAUAUAGUUAUAUGUGUAACGCUACAUCGUUUCGAGCUCUUUAUUUUUUAAUAAUUUAAUUUUUUUUUUAAUUUAUUGCCUAAGGUAGGUUGCGCUUAAGCGCAGCGGACCGUUGUGAACGCGGACGUCGUUACGGCCCCAGAGUUAUACAAUAAUACUCGUCUUCCUUCGAAUUCUAUUUGUGUGGGUGCGGUUUGAUGUUAUUUUUCACUGCCAGUUCAUUGCUCACUGUUUGUUUUUUUAUCAUUUGACGUUCUUGCCAUUGUAAGUCAAGCCCUCAUUUAUUUUUAAGAUUUACUGGGGAAUUGUUGCGACGAUCCGUGUUUUAGAUGCGUUUUGUGGUCCAUCCAAUAAGCAGUGACCUAGUGCAAGGCCGCGCGAUAAUAUGACUGUAUAAAUAGAUGAAUUACUAUAUCGUUUUUAAAUUAUAAAAGCAUAAGGCACUUUCAGUAAUGCGGUUCGUAGUGCCUCAACGUGAGGCGGAAUGGCGACGUAACCGUUUGCUUUGUUAAAUUGUAAAACAUUUAAAAAAUGCUAAGUAAUGCAAAUGAUGCUGACCUAGUAUACGAGAAAUUGUAAUAAAAUUUAACGAAAUGGAAGUAUUAUUUGGAUAUUCAAUGUGAAUUGUGAAAAUAAAUCUUAAUAUUCAUAAGUGGAAAAAAAACAAUCAAUAAUCAAACUGUAUUAUUUUUUAUAUAGCACAAAAUAUAACGUUUAAAAAAUAAACUGAAAAUGUGCC